GGAACACGAACAUGGUAUGGAAGGAAGGAUACUAGCUGCCUACAAGUGGGGAAGGAGAGCAUCCGGCAAAAGCAGCCGGCAGCAGUCAACGCCGAGCUCCUGCAGUUGCCACCGGCCCCCUCGCACCGACUCGAUUUCCGAAGUGGUACCUGCACCCUAAGCAAUUCAGAGUUGGCUUCUGUUUUCCGUUAGCGCUUUGCUGCACGGACAAAUGCAUACAAAUGCAUUUAGGAGCCCACAGAACAAGGCGUGGAAAAGUCUCCCCCACGGCAAAAACGAAACCACUUCUUCAUUUUAUUGUGCUAUGUGUGGCUGGGGUUGUUGUUCAUGCACAAGAACAAGGCAUAGAUAUUCUUCAUCAACUAGGCCUUGGAGGCAAAGAUGUAAGACACUCAUCAUCAGCGACUGCUGUACCAGCAUCAUCUACACCAUUACCUCAGGGGGUCCAUUUAACAGAAUCAGGCGUCAUUUUAAAAAAUGAUGCUUAUAUUGAGACACCUUUCAUGAAAAUUUUACCAGUCAACUUAGGGCGGCCGUUUACAAUAUUAACUGGGUUACAGUCACAUCGGGUGAACAAUGCAUUUCUCUUCAGCAUUAGAAAUAAAAAUAGACUGCAAUUAGGAGUGCAAUUACUACCUAAAAAAUUAGUAGUACACAUUAGAGGAAAGCAGGCUGUAGUUUUCAACUACAGUGUUCAUGAUGAGCAAUGGCAUUUAUUUGCCAUUACUAUUAGAAACCAAAGUGUCUCAAUGUUUGUUGAGUGUGGAAAGAAAUAUUUUAGCACAGAGACUAUUUCAGAAGUUCAGACCUUUGAUUCUAAUAGUGUGUUUACUUUAGGAAGUAUGAAUAAUAAUUCUGUCCAUUUUGAAGGAAUAGUAUGUCAGUUAGAUAUUAUUCCUUCUGCAGAAGCAUCUGCAGACUACUGCAGAUAUGUGAAACAGCAGUGUCGCCAAGCAGACAAAUACCAACCUGAAACAAACCUUCCUCAUACAACUCUCAUACCAACUAAGAUACUGGAACACUCUCCCCCGCCCAAACGAUUUGCUGAAAAAGUACUGUCAGAGGAUACAUUUACUGAAGGCAGAAGUAUUCCAAAUAUCAUAAAUAAUGAUUCUGAAACAGUGUAUAAAAGACGAGAACAGCAGAUAUCAAGAUCUCAGUUAUCUUCUCUUCAGUCAGGAAAUGUCUCUGCUGUGGAUCUCACAAACCAUGGGAUUCAGGCCAAAGAAAUGAUCACUGAGGAAGAUACUCAGACAAAUUUAAGCCUGUCAGUGACCCCUCAUCGCAUCAGUGAGGCAGGAAUGAAUACCAAAGAGAAAUUUAGUUCUCUUCUAAACAUAUCUGACAAUAUCACACAACAUGAUGAUAGAGUAACUGGUCUGUCACUGUUUAAGAAGAUGCCAUCUAUUCUUCCACAAAUAACACAAGAUACAAUUACCAAUCUCAAGAAGGCUAUCACAGCAAAUCUACAUACUAAUGAACUCAUGGAAAUGCAACCGAUUUUAAACACAAGCUUGUACAGAGUGUCAAAUGAACCGUCUGUGGAUAAUCACCUUGAUCUAAGGAAAGAAGGUGAAUUUUAUCCUGAUGCUACUUAUCCCAUCGAAAAUAGCUAUGAAACUGAGCUUUAUGAUUAUUAUUAUUAUGAGGAUCUAAAUACAAUGCUCGAAAUGGAGUAUCUGAGAGGGCCAAAAGGAGACACUGGACCUCCCGGUCCACCUGGUCCAGCAGGUAUCCCAGGUCCGUCAGGGAAGAGAGGUCCACGGGGCAUACCAGGGCCACAUGGAAAUCCUGGGUUACCUGGAUUACCUGGUCCAAAGGGCCCCAAAGGAGAUCCAGGAUUUUCCCCAGAUCAAGCUGUUCCUGGAGAAAAGGGUGAUCAAGGCCUUUCUGGAUUAAUGGGCCCCCCUGGUAUGCAAGGUGAUAAGUUCCUUGGGCCUCCUUUGGCUUUGCUGUACUGUUUAUUUUAUUUAUUAUUUCAGGGAAUUCCAGGAUUUGCUGGUAAUAUUGGUUCACCCGGUUACCCUGGCAGGCAGGGUUUAGCUGGACCAGAAGGUCAUCCAGGUCCUAAAGGUGCACGAGGUUUUAUUGGCUCUCCUGGAGAAGCAGGACAACUGGGACCUGAAGGAGAAAGGGGCAUUCCUGGGAUCCGUGGAAAGAAGGGUUUUAAGGGGAGACAGGGUUUUCCAGGUGACUUUGGAGACAGAGGCCCUGCUGGUCUUGAUGGCAGUCCUGGACUUGUAGGUGGCACUGGUCCUCCGGGGUUUCCUGGGCUUAGAGGCAGUGUUGGCCCUGUAGGACCAAUUGGACCUGCUGGAAUUCCUGGCCCAGUGGGUCUUUCAGGGAAUAAAGGACUACCUGGAAUCAAAGGUGAUAAGGGUGAACAAGGCACUGCAGGAGAGCUAGGAGAGCCAGGGUAUCCUGGAGACAAGGGUGCUGUUGGUUUGCCAGGACCACAAGGGAUGAGAGGAAAGCCAGGGCCUUCAGGCCAAACAGGUGACCCAGGACUCCAAGGACCAUCUGGCCCUCCAGGACCAGAGGGUUUUCCAGGAGAUAUUGGGAUUCCUGGACAAAACGGCCCUGAAGGACCAAAGGGACUCCUCGGAAAUAGAGGGCUUCCUGGACCUCCUGGUCUCAAAGGAACUCAGGGAGAAGAAGGACCAAUUGGACCCUUUGGGGAACUGGGGCCACAAGGAAAACCAGGUCAAAAGGGGUAUGCAGGUGAACCAGGACCAGAAGGCUUAAAGGGAGAAGUAGGAGAUCAAGGAAAUAUUGGGAAAAUUGGUGAAACAGGACCUGUUGGCUUACCUGGAGAAGUUGGGGCAACUGGAAGCAUUGGCGAAAAGGGAGAACGUGGAAGUCCAGGCCCACUAGGUCCCCAGGGGGAAAAGGGCGUUAUGGGAUAUCCAGGUCCUCCUGGGGUUCCAGGACCUAUUGGUCCAUUGGGAUUACCUGGUCAUGUGGGGGCAAGAGGACCACCUGGGAGUCAAGGUCCUAAAGGACAAAGAGGACCAAGAGGACCAGAUGGUCUCUUAGGGGAACAAGGUAUACAAGGUGCCAAGGGUGAAAAAGGAGAUCAAGGAAAAAGAGGGCCUCAUGGUCUUAUUGGGAAGACUGGAAACCCUGGAGAAAGAGGAGUUCAAGGGAAACCAGGUUUACAGGGAUUGCCUGGAAGUACAGGUGACAGAGGACUUCCAGGAGAGCCAGGCCUGCGAGGACUGCAAGGUGAUGUUGGACCUCCUGGAGAAAUGGGCAUUGAGGGACCUCCAGGCAUUGAGGGAGAGUCUGGUCUGCAAGGUGAACCAGGUGCAAAGGGAGAUGUUGGACCUGCAGGAAGUGUUGGAGAAACUGGGGAACCAGGUUUGCGAGGUGAACCAGGAGCUCCUGGAGAAGAAGGUCUCCAAGGAAAAGAUGGGUUAAAGGGAGUUUCAGGAGGAAGAGGACUUCCUGGAGAGGAUGGAGAAAAAGGAGACAUGGGCUUACCAGGAAUUAUAGGGCCCUUGGGUAGAUCAGGCCAAAUGGGCCUUCCGGGACCUGAAGGAAUUGUGGGAAUUCCAGGGCAAAGAGGUCGUCCAGGAAAAAAGGGUGAUAAAGGACAAAUAGGACCCACAGGAGAAGUUGGAAGCAGAGGUUCUCCUGGAAAAAUUGGGAAAAGUGGUCCUAAGGGUGCCAGAGGAACUAGAGGUGCUGUGGGACAUUUAGGAUUAAUGGGACCUGAUGGAGAACCAGGAAUUCCAGGGUAUAGGGGCCAUCAGGGUCAACCAGGACUCUCUGGAUUGCCAGGACCUAAAGGAGAAAAGGGCUACCCAGGAGAGGAUAGCACAGUCCUAGGACCACCUGGGCCUCGAGGUGAACCAGGUCCAGUGGGGGAACAAGGAGAGAGAGGAGAGCCUGGAGCAGAGGGAUAUAAGGGCCAUGUGGGCGUACCAGGACUAAGAGGUGCCACUGGACAACAAGGACCCCCAGGCGAGCCAGGUGACCAGGGUGAGCAAGGACUAAAAGGAGAGAGAGGAUGUGAAGGUCAUAAGGGGAAAAAAGGAGCUCCUGGUCCUUCUGGGAAAGCUGGGAUUCCUGGACUUCAAGGCCUACCUGGACCAAAAGGCAUACAAGGAUACUAUGGAGCAGAUGGCAUUUCGGGAAACCCUGGAAAAGUUGGGCCACCAGGAAAACAGGGACUUCCUGGCAUCAGAGGCAGCCCAGGAAGAACAGGACUUGCUGGGGCUCCAGGUCUUCCAGGAGUAAAGGGUUCAUCAGGCUUGCCAGGAAGCCCAGGAAUUCAAGGCCCAAAGGGUGAACAAGGGCUACCUGGUCAACCUGGAAUUCAAGGUACAAGAGGUCACCGAGGAGCACAAGGUGAUCAAGGACCAUGUGGAGAGCCUGGCCUGAAAGGGCAGCCUGGAGAAUAUGGUGUUCAAGGUUUGACAGGUUUCCAAGGAUUCCCAGGCCCUAAAGGUCCUGAAGGGGAUGCUGGCAUUGUUGGGAUAUCAGGUCCUAAAGGUCCUAUUGGACAGAGAGGAAACACUGGUCCCCUUGGCAGAGAAGGUAUAAUAGGCCCAACAGGUAGAACUGGACCCAGAGGUGAAAAGGGCUUUAGAGGUGAAACUGGUCCUCAAGGACCGAGAGGUCAACCAGGGCCUCCAGGUCCACCUGGAGCACCAGGCCCAAGAAAGCAAAUGGAUAUCAAUGCUGCUAUUCAAGCCUUGAUUGAAUCAAAUACUGCCCUACAGAUGGAGAACUACCAGAAUACUGAAGUGACUUUAAUUGACCACAGUGAAGAGAUAUUCAAAACCCUGAACUACCUUAGCAAUUUAUUGCACAGCAUCAAGAAUCCUCUUGGCACACGAGAUAACCCAGCACGAAUCUGCAAAGAUUUACUUAACUGUGAACAGAAAGUAUCAGAUGGAAAAUACUGGAUUGAUCCAAAUCUCGGCUGUCCUUCAGAUGCCAUUGAGGUUUUCUGCAAUUUCAGUGCUGGUGGCCAGACAUGCUUACCUCCUGUCUCUGUAACAAAGUUGGAGUUUGGAGUGGGGAAAGUCCAGAUGAACUUCCUUCAUUUAUUGAGUUUGGAAGCCACCCAUAUCAUCACCAUUCACUGUCUAAACACCCCAAGGUGGACAAGCACACAAACAAGUGGCCCAGGAUUGCCUAUUGGUUUCAAGGGAUGGAAUGGCCAGAUUUUUAAAGUAAAUACUCUACUUGAACCUAAAGUGCUUUCAGAUGACUGCAAGAUUCAAGAUGGCAGCUGGCAUAAGGCAACAUUUCUUUUUCACACCCAGGAACCUAAUCAACUUCCAGUGAUUGAAGUACAAAAACUUCCUCAUCUCAAAACUGAACGAAAGUAUUACAUUGAAAGCAGUUCUGUAUGCUUUCUGUAAAGUCUCUGAAUGAGUUCCGAAAUCAGGCUAUUGGCCAGAUAAUUGCUGCAGAGGGAGAAAUGAGACAGAAAGAUACUGACAUUAUGAAAUGCAUGUAAUAAAGCAUUGGCUAAAUCUUAAAGAAUCUCAGGAAGAACAGACUUCCUCCUAAGAAGGAGAAAAGGCAUUUUUAAAGGACUAUGAUUGAUAAAGUAUUUAAUUCUUUUAAAAAUUAUAUUGAUCUCAGCUUUUUUAGAGAAUUCCCUAGAACUAAAAAUGUAUAAAUAUGGAAUUCUUCAGGGUAUCUUUUAUUUUUGACUGAGUGCAUAGUACCCAUUAGACAGCUGGAGAUGCAGAGCACUAUGGAGCAAUACUGGCUAAUGCUUCCAAAUGUGCACUGCUUCUGUCUAAAAAUUACAAGCCACAGUCUAAUAUGCCUUAUUUUCCAAAACACUAAGCUGUAUUCAGGUCCCUGAUGGGCAUAUACAUCUUAGCCGGUGAUACACUACCUCUUACGUGUUGCCUCUUUGUGUUGCUUGGUGCUCUUUCGAAAACAAGGUGCUUAUGGCUUUCAUAGACUAUUUCCUUUUUCAUCUUUACCACUCUUUAAAAGUGUAUGUACUGGUUACAUCAAGAUAUGUUUUGGUUGUUAGUACUUAUUUUAAAUUGUUUGGUCACACACUUAAUAACACGUAAAACUAUUUAUGUGAAGUCCUUGUUUUAUUUUAAAAUUCUCUUUGUGUAUAUGGAAUCAAAGCCAGCACAUUGUAACCUGUGCUUGUACACAAAAGAAUUGGGAGAUUUCUUUGUUUUUAUUUUUUAAAUUGUUGUAAAAAUUAUUAUAGGCCAGCUACAUCUAGUAGUAGGUUUGGGGUAGAGAUUGGGGGUUGUGCCAUACUGUUUUUAAAGUUCACGAUCAUCUGGAAUGAUACUUUGUAUAUAUAUAUUUUGUAAAGUUUUAGUUCAGCAAAUUUUUUUAAAUUGCUGCUGUUUUAAAUUAUAAAAACUUUAUAUUUCUGCUUUGUAGAAAUUAUAUGUUUUUGUAGUAUUCAUUGAUUUUCUUUCACUGUACUUAAAUCUAGUGUUAGUACUUAAAAAAAUUUAAUUUACCAGUCUUUAAAGCAACAUCCAGGGAAAAAAAGUCUUUUCCCAUUUAAAAUAGGCUCAGCCAGUUCAAUGUCUCCUUGUUAUCAGAGAAAUGUUAGUUCAAUAUUGAAAGAAAAAUAUUAUACCUCUUGGUAUCUAGAAAAGCUUGUUCAUCCAUUAUAAAUAUAUCUUUAGCCACAGCAAACCACACUUAACCUAUCUAUAAUAAAAAUGUGCUUUAAAU